GUAAGCGACUAGCUUUCCGUGCGGUGCGGCGGCGACGGCGGCGCGCGUCUUCCUCCUCCUCCUACCGCGGGGCUAGAGUCCCUGACGGUGUCCAGCUGCGCUUAAGUCCGGCCGGUGCCACCUAUCUCCGCAAUGCCCCCCAAGAAACAGGCUCAGGCCGGGGGCAGCAAAAAGGCGGAGCAGAAAAAGAAGGAGAAGAUUAUCGAAGACAAAACUUUCGGUCUAAAGAAUAAAAAAGGAGCAAAGCAACAGAAGUUUAUCAAGGCUGUCACUCAUCAAGUUAAAUUUGGUCAACAAAAUCCACGUCAGGUAGCACAAAGUGAAGCUGAAAAGAAAUUGAAGAAAGAUGACAAGAAGAAAGAAUUGCAAGAGCUAAAUGAGCUGUUCAAACCUGUAGUUGCUGCUCAAAAAAUAAGUAAAGGUGCAGAUCCCAAAUCUGUUGUAUGUGCAUUCUUCAAGCAAGGACAGUGUACUAAAGGAGAUAAGUGUAAGUUCUCUCAUGACUUGACUCUGGAGAGAAAGUGUGAAAAGCGAAGUGUUUACAUUGAUGCAAGAGAUGAAGAACUUGAAAAAGAUACUAUGGAUAAUUGGGAUGAGAAAAAACUGGAAGAAGUAGUGAACAAGAAGCACGGUGAGGCGGAAAAGAAAAAACCAAAAACUCAAAUAGUGUGCAAGCAUUUCCUUGAAGCUAUUGAGAACAACAAAUACGGCUGGUUUUGGGUGUGCCCUGGAGGGGGUGAUAUUUGCAUGUAUCGUCAUGCGCUUCCUCCUGGAUUUGUAUUGAAAAAAGAUAAAAAGAAAGAAGAGAAAGAAGAUGAAAUUUCAUUAGAAGAUCUAAUUGAAAGAGAGCGUUCUGCCCUAGGUCCAAAUGUUACCAAAAUCACUCUAGAAUCUUUUCUCGCAUGGAAGAAAAGAAAAAGACAAGAAAAGAUUGAUAAACUUGAGCAAGAUAUAGAAAGAAGGAAAGCAGACUUCAAAGCAGGGAAAGCAUUAGUGAUCAGUGGUCGUGAGGUGUUUGAAUUUCGUCCUGAACUGGUUGAUGAUGAUGAUGAAGAAGCAGAUGAUACCCGUUACACCCAGGGGACAGGUGGUGAUGAGGUUGAUGAUUCAGUGAGCGUAAAUGACAUAGAUUUAAGCCUGUAUAUCCCAAGAGAUGUAGAUGAGACAGGUAUUACUGUAGCCAGUCUUGAAAGAUUCAGCACAUACACUUCAGAGAAAGAUGAAAACAAAUUAAGUGAAGCUUCCGGAGGUAGGGCUGAAAAUGGUGAAAGAAGUGAUUUGGAAGAGGACAACGAAGGGGAGGGACAGGAAAAUGGAGCCAUCGAUGCUGUUCCUGUUGAUGAAAAUCUUUUUACUGGGGAAGAUUUGGAUGAACUAGAAGAAGAAUUAAACACACUUGAUUUAGAAGAAUGACACCAAACAAGUCAAUGAAAAAAUUAAGCUGGCUCAGCAUGAGUUGAAAUUGACUACAUUAAUUUUUUUCCACCUAGAAUUCUUCAACAGGAUGUUUGUUUCCCAUGCUGAUUGUGGAGGACUUACUCUCCUCCAAAAAAGGAAUAUUCUCCUUCCAUCUUGUCUUCUGACUUUGGCUACAUCUCAUAGUAAGUUCAGAGUAGUUCAUGAUAAAUUAAAAAUAUAAUGGUCAUUGCAGAAAAUGAUUGUUGUAACUGUCCACUCAAAUAGGAAGUGUAACUGCUUUUCCAGCUUUUGAUUUUCAUUGGGCAUGUGUUAUUACAGGAACAACAUAAAUUUAAAUUACCCUUCAUUUAAUGCAGUUUUUAAUGAGUGAUUUUAUUUCCUUUGUAUUUAUAUGUUUAAAAGACUGCCUAAGAUAUGAGCCUGUGCUUCAUAAAGGAAACUGCAUAUGCAGAUUCAGUGUUGUUUAUCUUUGGACAAUUAGGUGGACAUUUAAAAUGAAACUUCAUUUAUCUGACAAGAUCAGCUGCAGUGCCCUGUGUUAAACUGUUUUAAACUUUUCCCUUUUCUUUUUUGCCAAUAAAAUUGUAAAUAAAGACCGUGAUAACAUUAAAAUCCAAGUACGGCCCUUUUUUUUAAUUAAAGUUUUUUUAUGAAAGUUUUUUUUAGCAUUUCUGGCUUGAGAGUUUUUUUAACUAUCAGAGAAGGCACAGACACUUGAAGGGUCUCUCUUUUAUUAUUUUUUUUUAAAGGAGUCUCUUAAUACUGAUCACAGGACUAUGUAGGAUGCUGCUGUGAGUUUAGUGACACCAACACUUAGCAUCAAAAAGAGACCAUAGGUCAUGUUAUGUGAAAGUAUAAUUCUUAAAUUGAUAGAUCAUCAACUUAAUUAAGUUAUCACCUACAGUUGAACCAAAUACUAAAGUAUUUGGUUAUGGAGAUCCAUUGUGUUAUAUAAUAGUACAUGCUAAAGUUCGAUUACUCUGCUUGAGUGUAAACAAAUCUAUCAGAAAACUUGGCUGGGGUCUUUGACAUUGAGAUCCCCUGAAAAAUUAGGGUAAUAUAUUUUAAAUGGACAGAAUUUGCCAAUGGCAUAUUUAUUACUAGUUAUACCUUUUUAUCAUUUUUAUGUAUGUAUAUUUUCAAAUAUUAAUUUAAUAUUAAUAUAGUGCUGGUUUUGUUAUCUGCAAAUAUAAAUGGAUUUUAAGGCAACUAAGAUAAAUAGCAUUAAAAUGUCUGGUGACCUGGGCCCUAAUCUAAUUUCUGCCUCAGAUAAAUUGUAUGAUUUACUGAACCUGAACCUUAAUUUCUUUGCAUAGAGAAGUUAAAGUGCUUCUGAACUGUAAAACCUAGGAAAGCAUGAUUGUAAAUCUUGUCAAAUGAUAACCUCAGAGUUGAUAAGUUGAGUUCCUGGGAGGGGCGGAGAUACAGCUCAGCGGUAGAGCACGUGCUUAGUAUGUGUGAGGUCCUGGAUUCAAUCCCCAGUACCUCCACUUAAAAAAAAGAAAAAGAAGAAGAAAUUGGAGUUCCUGGCUGUUCAGUACUAGUACUAUAAUUGACAUUUUAAAAAUGUAGAAUAUCGUAAGCCAAGUUUCCCAUCUAUGGUGGAAGUAUACUUUCUAUGAAAGAUUUGUUCUAUUCUUUUUAUUAGAAAUGUUUAAAUGUUACUUAUUACAGUGUUUAAUAAUGAAACAUUUUCAAUUUAAAUUAAGUUUUCUUUAAUUAGUUGAGUUAAAGGGAAAAUGCAACAUUGUGGAAAUAAUAUUUGAUACCCACAAUCCUUUAAAUCUAGAACAGCCUUCCUCUAUCUUGCCCUUGAGAAUCUUCAGAGAAUGCAAAAAAACCAUUUUAAUCUGAGAAAAUGCAAGAUUAAAUUUGCUUCUAAAGUAACAUAUACAGGCAUACCUUGGAGAUGUUGAGGGUUCAGUUUGAAACCACUGCAGUACAGUGAAAUAUCACAAUAAAGCGAGUCACACAAAUUUUUUGGUUUCCUGGUGCAUUUAAAAGUUUUAUUUGCACUAUACUGAUGUCUGUUAAGUGUGCAAUAGCAUUAUGUCUAAAAAACAAUGUACAUACCUUCAUUUUAAAAUAUUGCUUAAAGAUGCUAUCACCUCAGCUUUCAGGAAGUCAUUGUAUUAAUACCAAAGAUCACUGAUCUCAGAUCAUUAAAACAAAUACUAUAAUAAUUAGUUUGAAAUACUGCAAGAAUUACCAAAAUGUCACACAGAGACACAAAGUGAGCAAAUGCUUUUGGAAAAAUGGCACCCAUAGACUUUCUUAACAAAGAGCAAUAAAGUGCUGAUACUGCAUUUUUAACAAAUUGAAGGUCUCUGGCUGACAUCCUUGCAAUGAGCAAGCCUGUUAGGUGCCAUUUUCCCAACAGCCUUAUUUUUAAAUUAUUGCUGGUUUUUAAUGUUGAAUUUUUUUAGAUGUAAUACUAUUUCACACUUAAUAGACUACAGUAAAGUAUAAACAUAACUUUUAUGUGUACUGGGAAUCCAAAAAAUUUGACUCACUUUAUUGCAAUAUGAACUUUAUCAUGGUGGUCUGAUCUGGAACUGAACCUGCAGUAUCUCCAAGGUGUACUUAUGUUGUUUACAGUGCAGUUACCCUAUCUUAGUGCAAUAAAUCUGAAAUUGGCUCUUGUUUUUCAAACCCAUUUUACAUAUAACUAAUUUAAAACAGUUUUUUCUUAUAAACUGCUCUUCUAUAUAAUUCCCAUUGUUAACAUAAUAGAUCUCUGUAAUCUAAUUUUGAUUAUGUAACUUAGCCUCAAUUUUAAAGGUUUGUGGUUUAGAAAUUUAGAAACUUAUAAUGUAAGCCUUCCACAGGAGGGAAACUAUGGCUUUGCACUUAUUUCCUUAUAGUUUGUAUGAGAUCAUUUUCCCAAACGUAAGAACUUUUUAUUUUCUUCUUAAUAUCCAGGAGAUUAUAUCAGCCUAUACUCUUUUUAUCCUAUACUCAAUAAUGAUUACAGCCUAUAAUGAUCCCAUGUUUGCCAAAAUCUUUCUAAUGCAAGAUAGUUAAAUUAUAAAUUUUGAUUUAUUUUUGCACAAAUGAUUUCCAUAAUACUGUAAGCCCACCAUGGACGGACUGCUAUGAAAUUGUGUAAUUGUUGUAUCAUGUAUUUUUAAUACUUGAAUUAGUCAGUUCUGACCAUUAAGUGAUUUAGAAUAUAAGAGUGAAGUUGUCAGAUCAGACAUUUAGGUGUAGCAGAUCAUUAAGAAAGUAUUGCAUCCAUCCUCAGGUUUUAACACACAAAGUGGACAGAGGGAGCUUGUGGCAGAAGUUGAUACAGGUAAAUAAUAGUAUUCUUGUUCUAUUCAUAUUAUUAGUGAACUUUGUAUAAAGAACUUUCAGGAUCACAGACUACUUCUCACUUAUUACCGUUCAGGUCUGUGAUUCUGAUACAUGUACUAUUAUAUUAAUGCUUCCAGGUGCUUCACACUGUAUGAACUCAUAUACAUACUGCAAUGAAUGUUUCUCAAGGAAUACCAGAUGAGAGGGAGACAACCAAAAUCUUGUGUUUGGGGUUUUUAUCUUUUUUCAGGUACAUAUCCCAUUGGUAAUAAUUGGUAAUCGGUAAAAUAGUGUUUUCUGAGUAAAGAUAAUACCUUGUUUCUUAAUUAAGAAAAACUACAGAGGUAGAAAUUAGUAGAAGACCACAGCAUUUGAACUCUGAAGUAGAAUUUAGCAACAUCCACAAAAUUUCCUGACAUCUUCAGAAAUAAACCUGAAUUGACAUUAAUACAAAAUGCAUUUCUAAAUACUCCCUCUCUCUGUUUUAAUGUUGUAUGUUUACCCUUCAUUGUUCAUUGCUUUUUGUUAAUGUGCAAAGAAGGGAGACAGUGAUUAGCUUUUAUUCAUUCAAUUAACAGAUAUUUUUGUGCCUUUUCACAAAUAAGACACUUCUGUAAGGCACUAUAGAUAGCAUGAACUAUAUGACUUAGCUUAAGACUUGGUCUCUGCCUGAUUUGAGUAUACACUUUGCAAGGGGAAAGUCACAGCUGUGUAAGGCUAUGAAAUACAAAACUAGGAAAUAACAAGUACCUUACCGGUAAGGAAUGCCCUUUUCAGUCAUUUUGUAUUUAAAUUUCAUUGAAUAUUUUGAUAUUUUAAAUACAAAUAUUCUUUGUGAAAA